GGGCCUAUAGCCUAUCCAACUAUGGGUUGUAGUAGGGUUAACUUAAUACAUUGUUAUAGUGAAGCGAGAUUUUGGUGUAAACCUGCUGCACAAUUAAAGUCGCCCCUCACCAUCCACUUCUGCUUACUGCUAAAGGACCGGUCAAUAUGUACAUUUUUCGAUUUCGAUUAACAUUCCUUGAAUCCAAUCCGCCACGUUCAAUUGGUCCUGCCUAGCUAAUUUUGUUUACAAUCUGUUCCGCGAAACAUGGCUGCUGUCAAGUGAGCCGUUGAGCGUCUAUAGUUAAACUGCACGUUUAUUUUCUCUUUUAUGAUUACUUUUAUCAAAUUUUAUUCAUAAUAUCGUUCUGUUGCUGGGAUUGGUUGACAAGUCUUCAUUUCACUUUAGACCCGUCAAAUCCUAUCACGAUAUAGCGUGUCAGUUAGCUUGUUAGCAUCGCUACCUUUACUAGCUAGCUAGCUCACGGGGAACAAUGACGGCGAGCUCAUCGGGUGGAAACACCUGUCUCACUGCAAAAGGUUUGGAUAUUAGUCUCGCAGCUUUGCAAAGACAAGAUCCAUACAUCAACAACAUAGUAGAUGUGGCAAGCCAAGUGGCGUUGUAUACUUUCAACAAUAGAUCAAAUGAAUGGGAGAAGACUGACGUUGAGGGGACCCUGUUUGUCUACACAAGACUGGCGUCUCCCAGACACGGCUUCACCAUCAUGAACCGGCUGAGCAUGGAGAACCUGACGGAACCCAUCACUAAAGACCUGGACUUCCAGCUGCAGGACCCCUUCCUGCUGUACAGAAACGCUCGCUUAGCUAUCUAUGGUAUCUGGUUCUAUGAUAAGGUGGACUGCCAGCGCAUUGCAGAGCUUAUGAAGAAUCUGACGAAGCAGGAACAGGCACUAGCUCAACAGAGCCGGAGUGGCUGGGAGUCUCCUGGAGACCUGGAAGCAGCAGAGGAUCCUGGGAAGACACGAGGGGUGGACAUCCUGCAGAUGCUGACCAAAGCACGCGAUGAGUACGACAAGGGUGGGAAGCCAGAGCCUAAAGAGAUUGGACGGAGCGUUCUGCAGGACAACCCAAACCUGAUCAAGCCUAUACCCGUCAAACCUAUGGACAGACAUCCGCAGCCGGGACUACAGGAGAGGCCUGUUCAGGACCAAGGAGAGCCCCGACCCCUGUCUCUGGCCACCCUGUUUGGGGUCCAGCAGGCCAGCCGGGGGCCCGUCUCUCCCAUGUCGGGUUACGGAGCCCCGGGGUCCCAGCCCCAGGCUAAACCUGCCGGCGUGCGUCCUGCGGUAGCCCGGUCCCUGUCCUACGAGGACCCCACGCAGUCCCGGCUCCAAGCCCAGCCAGGGGCACCCGCGCCGGGCAGUGGUCCUCAACAGCACUGCCCUGCCUUCCAGAAGCUGAUGAGGGAAGCCUCCACCCAGCCGGGGCUCCAGAGAGGGGGACCCAUGGAGCUGCUCCAACCAGUCUCUGAGUCCCCCGAGAACAGGCUGCUUGAGAACGGAGCCCCCUCAACCCUCCACCACCAGGCCCAACAAGACCCCAUCCAGAGACUGUUCCAGAAUCAACCCACCUCCGCCACCCUUUCCCUGACCUCCUGUUCCUCCACAGCCUCCUGUUGCUCCCGCCCCUCUCCUCUGCAGCAGCCUCCUCAUCUCCUCCCGGGCCUCCAACCAGCCCAGCCCCUCCUAGUGGACCCCGCAGGCUUCCACCAUCAUCCUAACCUCGUCCCUCACCAAUCCCAGCCCAUCUUCUUCACCCCCACCAAGGCCUCCCAGAUGCAGGCCUCCCUCCCCUCCAAGUCUCUCCCUCCUUCCCCUCACCUCCCCCCGUACCUCCAGCAACAAGUCUCUGUCCUCCAGGGCUCCCCGUCCCACCUCGCCCUCCAGCCCCAGCCGGGUCACCCCCAGCCGGGGCAGCUGGCGGGCGUCGUGCCCCCCGGUGAGCUCCUCCAGAGGCUGCAGCUGGUUCAGCAGGAGCAGGGUCUGGUCCCAGUGACCGCCCGGCCGGCCUCCAACCUGGCCCCGCGCUUCCACGAGAAGCUGUCCGCAGGCUCCGCCGCUCAGAAGUUCCAGGUGAUCUCCCCUCAACGCAUCCCAGCCACAGUGGCUCCAACGCUGCUCCUCUCCCCGAGUGUGUUCUCCCAGGCCAAGCCCCCCCAGGUCCAGCCCAAAGCCCCUGGGGACCCCCCUGGCCCACCAACAGCCCUGCUGUCCCCCCGGGCCCCCGAUGAGACCCAGUCCUGGGGCCUCACCAAGAGCCAGCUACAGGCCACCCUAUUGCACCUCAUACAGAACGACAGCUCUUUCCUGGACACCAUCUACAAGGCUUAUACCCAAAGCUUCUCCUCGAAAACCAACACUGACAAGUUCUGAGCCCAAGGGUGUGUUCAUUAAGCCAUGCGGCGGAAAAUGUUUCUGAUACGCUUUGCAACGGGAAGCGAAAAAUUUGCAUUUCCGUCUCUCUGUUUCGGUCAGUAGUUGUCCUGUUUUGUCCUUAAUGAGUAUGUGCCUGCAAAUCAUCCCCAGACUGGCACAGUUUUAUAAUCCGAGGGAUUUGUUGAUCAUGUCGAGUUAGUCUUCCCAGUGUGAGCACUAAGGAUUUUAUCUGUGGAUUCAGAUUUCGCAGAGGAAAUACGAUUUUUGAACUGGAUUCAGAUUUUUAAGAUAUUUUGCAUUUUUCUUUUAAUGAGAAUGCAAGAAGUGAAGGUCGUGAAUGGAAUGUACUAGAAACAAAUCGAACAGAUGUACACGUUUUACAGCUCACUUGUUUUUAGAAGAUGACAUUUUUUUAAACAUUUUACUUUUCAGGCAGGUAGCAUUCUUUAACUUAAUUCAGAUAUUGGAGAAUGUUUGUUUAUUUGCAUGCUCUUAUAGUAUACUGUCUUUAAGUACUUUUUAAAAAGAAAAUACUGCAAUUCUUAAACUUGGGCUACCUCACAGAGGUGACUGUCUGUGUCACUUUUUGAAUAAUGGUUCUCCAACAGUUUCUGAAUGGAAUUACAAGAUACUGUAGCACUUGGCUGUUCUUUUAGAGCAAUUGGCUGUAUGUACCAGAGGUCAAACCACACAGUUCUUCCAGAAACUUCUCUGUGCUCACACACGGCUAGACUAGUUUUAUAUACUGUUUAUAUGUACCAAGCAAAGGGUUUAAUGUAUUUUGUUAAAAGAGAUGAUAGGAUAUUUUCUAUUUUUCUAUGCUUUUUGUCAUACCAUUUGGGUUAGAUGGCAAAACACAAUGUUGCAUAACAACAAGGAAUCAGAAGCUAUUUGAAAUAAAACACAAUCAGUUACAAUAAAACCUGUUCAAUUUGGUGUUCAUCUCUUUCUUUUUGCUUUAGAAGGACAACUCUUUGUAAGAGGUUCUGAGUGUGAAGCGCUUCUCGUAACUGGUUUCUUGCUUACUAGUUGCUUGCUGUUACUUAAUGAACUGGAAAUAAAGAAAUAAAAAUCA